AAAAUAAAAUAAAAAAAUUCAAUAUAAAAGUGGUGGUAUUUUGUGCGUGUCCAUAUCAAACACUCAGUCGAAGAAAAUAAGGGCAAAAAAACCGGAGGAGAAUCAGACUAAUCGGCGGCGGAACAAUGUCCGGUGUUGAGGAAGAUAAGAAACCCGCCGAUGGUGCGGCGCACAUCAAUCUGAAAGUCAAAGGCCAGGAUGGGAAUGAAGUUUUUUUCAGGAUUAAGAGAAGCACACAACUGAAAAAACUUAUGAAUGCCUAUUGUGAUCGUCAGUCAGUGGAUUUCAAUUCCAUUGCUUUUCUGUUUGAUGGGCGUCGCCUCCGUGGGGAGCAAACCCCCGAUGAGCUGGAAAUGGAGGAUGGUGAUGAGAUAGAUGCAAUGCUGCACCAGACAGGAGGGUAUGCAAGCGCUUAAAUGGGAGCAUAGAAAGAAAGGGCGGAAUUGUAAUAUAAAUUAGUUUUUCUCGAGACUUUGUUUUUUAACACAUGAGAGUUCUAGAUGUUUAUGUCAUUAGUUUUAUUUGGUUUUAAGAAAACAUAUUAUGGUCUAUCGACACCACAUCUGCCGCUGAAAAUUGAACUUGUUCUCCAGCAUGGUGUUAUUAAGCUACAUUGUUUGCCCUGACUCUUUCGUUUCUGUUUUCAAUGAGCCCAUUACUUAACCAUCCA